GCGGCGGGGCAGGGCCGGGCCCGCGCAUCCCCUCAGAGCCGCCGCCAUGGACAGCAGCGGCAAGGAGCGCGAGGCCGUUCAGCUCAUGGCCGAGGCCGAGAAGCGGGUCAAGUCCUCGCACUCCUUCCUCAGGGGGCUCUUCGGAGGAAAUUCAAAGGUAGAAGAAGCCUGUGAAAUGUACACCAGGGCUGCAAACUUGUUCAAGAUCGCCAAAAACUGGAAUGCUGCAGGAAAUGCAUUUUGUCAGGCAGCCAAGCUCCAUAUGCAACUACAGAGUAAACAUGAUGCAGCCAUUGGUUUUGUGGAUGCUGGGAAUGCUUACAAAAAGGCAGAUCCACAAGAGGCUAUGAACUGCUUAAAUGCAGCCAUCGAUAUUUACACAGACCUGGGCCGAUUUACAAUUGCAGCCAAGCAUCACAUCACCAUUGCAGAGAUUUAUGAGACCGAGCUGGUAGAUAUUGAAAAGGCAAUUGCACAUUAUGAACAAGCUGCAGAUUACUACAAAGGAGAAGAAUCCAACAGUUCAGCUAACAGGUGUCUGCUGAAGGUGGCUGCAUAUGCUGCUCAAUUAGAGCAGUACCAGAAGGCAAUUGAAAUCUACGAGCAGGUUGGAACAAAUACCAUGGAUAAUCCUUUGCUCAAGUACAGUGCAAAAGAGUAUUUCUUUAAAGCUGCUCUCUGCCACUUCAUUGUGGAUGAGCUGAAUGCUAAGCUUGCUCUUGAGAAGUAUGAAGAAAUGUUCCCAGCAUUCACAGAUUCGCGAGAGUGCAAGCUAGUGAAAAAACUGCUGGAAGCCCAUGAGGACCAAAACUGUGAAGCAUACACUGAGGCAGUUAAGGAAUUUGAUUCCAUAUCUCGCUUGGAUCAGUGGCUUACGACUAUGUUGCUUCGCAUCAAAAAAUCACUUCAAGGAGAUGGUGACGGAGACCUAAAGUGAAUUAUUUGUGGUAUAUGUGGCAUGUUGCCUAACUCCUAAAUAAUCUGUUUUUGUGUAAUGGCCAUGGACCAUUAUGGGAUACUUGACACUACACCUAGCUUAAUUUUGUUGCUUAUGAACCAAAUGACCUGUAUUGUUAGUAUCCUGGUGUCUUUUUGAUGACAUGGAUGGAUAAGAAAUGAUACUCCUAGGUAUUGCUGACAGAUCUUCCAUAUGAGAGCAAUAGAGGGAUUCACAAGACUUUUGAGAUCAGUGAAAGAAAUGCUUGUGGCAAAAAUCUUUAUUUUUGGUAGCUGAUGAGCCAAAAGUCUUUCAUUUUUAACUUUUUUUUUUUUUUUUGCCGCCAUUUCUCUACUAGCUCAUCGUCUUCAACACUUUUGAUCCAUGCUUGUAAAUAUCUAUCCAUGACAUACAGUACACACAAUAUUUUCUGAUCUAAUGCUAAUGUAUUGCUAAAGUUCUGUGGUUUUUAAUGGACCUUAGUGAGACAUGUAGAUUUUUGUUUUUAAAAUGAUCAAGCUAUUUUAAUGAUGCUAGUGAAAUGCUUGUGAUUUUUAGAUACAGUGUGUGUGUAUAUACUAUACAGAUACGUGUGUGCAUGAAUAAAUACAUAAUGACCUGGGUCUAAAAACACUAAUCUUCAUAGGUGAGGGGUCUGCAUAUAAUAUUCAAUUACCUUCUCCCUAAACCAUUCAUUAAAUAGGACCUAGCUUAUCAUGUAUUUUCUAUUUAAGAACUAUAUAUGAAAUGUAAGUUUCUUCUAUUUUUUUUCUUGGAUAUAUUUUUCCACUUAUGUUAUUUUCUGGUGCAUAUCAUCUCUCCCGCCCUAAGAUGACUUUAACAGGUAAUAAUAUAUUUUUCUAACUUUUCAUUUACCUAAGUUCCUGCUAUUGUCUUUGCUGCAGGUUUUUUGUAUAUGUCAGAACACUAUUUCCUUCCCUUUGUGCUGUUGGCAAAGCUGUGUCAAUGGUAUGUAUGUCAAUAGUUAUUGAAUUGGGCUUUAUCUUAGCUAAGAUACCCUCCUUCAGCACUGUUGGACAACAGCUUGCCCAGACUUGUUUUAAAACUAUGUAGAAAUUAAAAAUGAUCUUGAAGAACGUGUGUGAAUCCCUGUGUGUGUGUGGCUCCUAGUUUCAAUGGAGAGACGUAGACAAGCUAUCUAUAUUCAAUAUAUGUAUGACAGUCAGAUAGGCUCAUGACCAUAUGCAGUUUCAGUGUUAUGGCUUAAUAUUUCCGUGCAGUUCCAAUAAGCUGUAGGAAUUAUUUCAUUCUUGUAUCACCAGUGCUGCAUACAUAAUGAAAGGCUACUAGCUUUAUUUUAUUUUGCAUAAAUGCUGCUAGUCAUUUGACCUUAUAAAUAUUGGAUACUCUAAAGUAGGAAAACACUAAUAUCCCAUAGUUGGUAUCUAUACUGCUAUCAUCUAUGGCCUAGGUUGGGCUUUGAUCUCUUUUGGAGGAAAGACCUGCCACAAAUCUGCAUGGACCGACCCACAUUCCAAACAGGGUACUAGCUGGCUUUCAUUUUUGUCAUCUUUAUGAAUCUGGUGGGUUUUUUUUUUGGUUUUGCGGCUAGCUUUCCUUAAUAAAAUGGGAUUGAAUGACUAUUGUCGGAUGUAUAGUAACCCUAGCAAGCCAGCACACUUCUAGCAUUUGUUUACAGAAAAUGUCAAAUGGGAGACCAAAUGAGAUAAUACAUUCCAGGAAAGAUGUUUUUGGACUCAUAUCAACAAUCAAUUUAAACUUUCUUCUACUUGAUUGUUUUCUAGACAUGUAUUUAGAAAUUAAACGAGGGAGGGCUUUGUGCGCUGUAGUGAGUGUGACUUCUCUUGUAACUGGAAUGAACACCACUAGUGAGUUGUUAUUGAAAUUGUAUAAAAUCGUUUUCCCCCUCCUCAAGAAUUUGAAAAUCUUAGGGAAAACGUGCUAGGUUUGUCCGAUGGAGAUGUGUGGCCAAAAGGGGACUGGGAAGAGCUGGCUCUGAUGAGCAACAGACUCAAAUAUGUUAGGAAAAGUUAAAAAGCUGCAACUUGUGUGAUUAACACUUGCUUACAGUGGCUGGUCACAUUAGAAAUGGCUGACUUGGGUCUCCCUCUAGGGAACCAUGCCUGAACAAAUCUGACUUUUCUUUAAACAGAUAUAUGCCAACAUAAUCCUAGAGUGUGGAUGCAGCCUACAGCUAUGUCUGUCACUGUAGGAAAACCAUGGCCCUGAGCACUAGUACGGAAGCUGAUAAAAGCAUUCUCCUGUUGAUCUAACUGCAUCGACAGGGGGGUUAGGUCACCAAAGCUGUUGCUCCAGGGGUGGAUUUGUCACACCUGAGUGCUGUAUCUGUGUUGACUCAGCUGUCUCUCUACAGAGACAAGGCAGAGAGGAAAAUAUAUGCAUGCUUACGUUUAGAAAAACAAAAGGCUACAGUAGUCCUAAAUAUUUGAAAAAGCACUUGUAUAAGAAGAAAUGAGAUGUCAAGCUUUGUUUAGUAGAGGGACAUUAGUUUUUUCAUGUUUCAUAACAUAGUUCUUGCUUACAUCUAAUCUUGCCAUAGUACCUAUAAUUUGAGAUCAGAUAAAACAGCUCAGCCAAGCUUAGUGAAAAUCCUACACAGGUAUCCUCACACAAUAGGCACAUUUUGUUAAUACAGAAAUUAUGGAAAAGUUUUUGUUUAAAAACACAACUUGGCACUGGUUACAUUUGUGGUUAAUUUAUUUUUCCAGGACCUAAACAGUAUUUUUGCACAAUUAUGAUAGUAUGCAUAAAUUGCUUAUGUACUAAUCUGUGAUCUGUUAUUAAUGCGCUCUAUAAUGUAAUAGUUUUGUCUAAAUGCAAACCUUGGUGAUUUUGUAGAGCAGCAUGUCGUCUGUAAUGUAAGCUGUGAUAUACCAGUUUUCAAAUCCUAGAGCAAAUCUGUCAGGCUGUUGUUUUUCCUCCCCCUGGGUCAAGAAUCUGUACUAUGAAAACUAAUAAUGAAAUGGCCUUAGCAGGAACAGAUUGUUUUGUGUGAAUCAAUAAAAUAAAAAUUAAGUAAUUGUGA